AAAGCGCUGUGAUUAGAGGUGUGACGUCACACAGGCUUUGAGGGAGGAGUGACUCGCAGUGACUCGGUCUUGUCUUUCUCUGUGUCCUUCUGUCUCGGGGUCUCGUCUCUCCGGUUGUAUCCGUCAUCGAUCCCUCGCAUCGCUUCUCCCUCACGACCCUCACGACCCUCUCUACACUCGACGCAGCUGCCGCCGGAGGCUCGUUCCGUCACAGAGACACCGCGCGCUGCUCUGAGCCUACAGACCGACCUCCAUCUUCCUCCUUCUCCUGCUCAUCAUGUCCGGAACCAGGGAGGAGGACCGCAAAGGCUCCAGCGAGUGGCGGGACUACUUCUGGAACCCAAGGACCCACGAGCUGCUGGGCCGAACCGCCUCCAGCUGGGGGCUGAUCCUGCUCUUCUACCUGGUCUUCUACCUGUUCCUGGCCGGCAUGUUUGUCCUCACCAUGUACAUCAUGCUGCUGACACUGGAUGACUACAAGCCCACCUGGCAGGACCGCCUGGCCACACCAGGGAUGAUGAUUCGUCCGAAGGGCGAUCAGCUGGAGAUCAGUUUCACCGUCUCAGAAACCGAGAGCUGGGACGGAUUCAUCAACAACCUCAACAGCUUCCUGGCUCCGUAUGACGACAGCUAUCAGGUUCAGACCAACGAUAACUGCUCUCCAGAUCAAUACUUCAUUCAAGAGGACAGUGGAGAGGUCAGGAACAAUCCCAAGCGCUCCUGUCAGUUUAAUCGGACCAUGUUGGAGGAGUGCUCAGGGAUUUUGGAUCGUUUCUAUGGUUACAGCAGAGGUCAGCCCUGCAUCCUCAUCAAGCUGAACAGAGUGAUCGGAAUGCUGCCGGGAAAGGACGGUCAGUCCCCUUAUGUCACCUGUGGAGCCAAGAGGGAGGACGGGGAUAAGAUCGGACCUCUGGCCUACUAUCCUUCUAACGGAACCUUCAACCUCAUGUACUACCCGUACUAUGGCAAGAAAGCUCAGGUGAACUACACUCAACCGCUGGUGGCCGUGAAGUUCCUGAACGCCUCUCUGAACACCGACAUCAACGUGGAGUGUAAAAUCAACUCCAACACUCUGGUUGAAGGCAGUGAGAGAGACAAGUUUGCUGGACGCGUCUCCUUCAAACUGAGGAUCAACGACAAAUAGACACACACGUGUUUACACACACACGUGUUAACACACACGUUUACACACACGUGCACCAUGUUUCAAUGAGUCACACAAUCUACCCUCAAACACCUGAUUUGUUUUGUUCGUGUUUGUUCGUGAUGCGUUCACUGACCCUCUGUAUUCUAAAGCUUUUAUCACAACCGAUUGCCCCCAGCAGUCAGUUCGUUUUGUAUUCAGCACACGGGCCGCUGUGAUGAUGUCACUGAUGACAGGUGGUCUUCCCCUCCAUCAAUAGAUCAAAUCAUUGAUCAUACAGCUGAUGAGUUUAUUUAGUCAUGUCACUUAUUUAUUCAAUGUUUAUUUAUGAGAAUCACCAGUUUUACAGGUUCCCUCACAUCCAGUUCAGGGACCAGAUGGAAGCUUAUGUAACUAUGGUAACACUAGUGGUGUUGUCAUAUUAUUUGUUUUCUUUGUUAGUUUAGAAUUUGUAAGUCAUUUGUGAAUAACUUAAUGGGUUAGGAAGUUAUUACAUGUUUUGUUCUUUGUCUUAUUAGGUGGCUGAGCUUUAUAACUGUUACCAUGGCAACCAGGUCAUGUUGCACAACCCCCAUCUGUCUCUUCACUUGUCAUAGACUGGAUUCGAAUUGUCAAAAGAAUUACCCCCUAACGUCCAUUCCUAACCACCGAACCUUGACCUCUGUGGAAAAGGUCACAGGGUCAAGGAAAGAUUCUUAGGAGAGUUGAUGAGGAGUUAGGAAAGGACAAGGCGGUGUUUAGGGAUGGACUCCACCUCCACUAAGCUGCGUAGUUGUGAUGGAGGAGACGCUUGGUGGUGACAUCACAAAGAAGCCUCUGAGAUGCCUUCAUGUGUUCUUACAGCUUCAAAGGAAACUUCAUUAACAUACGUGAGUCAUGCUAACGGUUCCUCACGUGAUCUGUGUUUCUACGUCAUGAUCGAUAUUCCUCCUGAACGGACCAAUGAUACGUCACUAUGUAAAUAUUUGGGGGGCAAUUAACUCCUUUCCUUUGGUAAAGGAUGCUCCAGUGGUUCCUUUCCUAAAGGGGCUAAGUAAGGACCCAUUGAAGCUCCUUUCCUUAUAGCAUUGGAGAAUAGAACAUCUCUUAUCAUGGUGCCACUUCACCUCCUUCCACUCAGUGAGGAACCUUCCUGACAACAUUUGACAAUUCAAGUCCAGUCCGCCUGUUGUUUUGCCACCAGGACACGCCCCUCCUACCUGUUCUAAUCUCGACCAAUCGUCUUCCU